GUUCUUACAUGUGUGUUGUCAUGACCUGCAGCUGAGUGACAGUCUUGAGAGUGAAAUAAAGAUGACUGGGAUCCGUCACCUGUGGACUUUGUUGGUGAUUGACAGUGUGUUUGUGUGUGGUGACAUUCAAUUUCUGGAGAGGCAGGAGGGUGAGGGUGUGGUCUUUCCUUGCUCCAUCAAGCCCAGGAGCCCCUCACCUUUGGCCUUCUGCUUAAGGCGCACUUGGUUGCAUCUCAAUGAUGUUCUCUUCAAGUACACAAACACGGAGGCACAUGUGUACAACGCUCCUGACAAACGGCGUCUGAUGGUCAGCGGCGACCCGAGCAGCCACUCCGUGAACGUGACCUUGUCUGACCUGAGAGCCAACGACACCGACCGUUACGUCUGUAAGUUUGUGGUGGAGAACCCGUCUUCUGAGGAUGAAUACCGACCAGGAGAGACGGAAUUCUUCCUCCUUGUCAAUAAUGAUGACACCUCCAAUGGAUGGGUGGACAUAGGGCAGUUAGAAGUGUGCACCGGGGGCUCGGCCGUCAUCCCCUGUCUCCCCCCUCACGGCGAGGACCUGCCAGUGGAGGGUGUGAGCCUGACGCGGCAACGGGGACGAGGUCCCGUGGAGCUGCUGUACCACUCCAAGCACCACCACCGUAAUGGACCACCCUCCUCCUCACGCUUCCAACUGUCGUCGGCCCCUGGCCCCGGUGGCUUCACGUACAACCUCACCCUGCGCCAGCUGCAGCCAGAGGACGGUGGCUUGUACAGCUGCCAGCUCCUCCUGCGCGGCCGCCAUGACAGUAGCACCUCACUAGACAGGCGAAGAGCCGUCUUUGUUUCCGUGGAAGGUCAGUGCAGCUGCUCCAGCUACAGCACCCUGUUGUAUGCGCUGACCUCCUCCGUGGUGGUCCUUGUCGUUCUCCUCGCAUCGUUGCUGCUCUACCAAAAGAAAACAUGCGGUGGCAGCAGCGGCUCCAAGCCGCGCCCUCCGGCGCCCAUCUACGAGGAAAUGGUCGGCGUGCAGCCCCUCAGCGGCAAGCUGGCGCCUCAGCAUCUGGAGGAGCCGAGCGAGUACGGAAACUGCCGGGUGAAGAAACCCUGCCCAGAAAACCAUUACGAAACACCCAUUGGGGGCCUCAGGAAGUAGUAUUAGAAUGAAUAAUAUAAUAUAUAAUAUUAGACUUUGUCUUUGUCAUUGGACUGCUGCUAGUUUGCAUCUGCAUUUUCCGUCUACAGUGGAACCUCGGUUUUCAUCAUUCAUUCAUUCCCAAAGGUUCCACAAACAUCAAAACGUACGAAAACUGAGGCAAUUUUUCCCAUAGGAAAUAAUGUAAAUCCAACGAAUAUUUUUUGGUCUCUGGAAUAGAUUAACAACAAAAUACAUUUUAUAGAGAAUAAUUAAAGUUUUCCAUGCAGAAAACAAUGGAAAAUAGCUAGAAAUGAUAAUGAUAAUGAUAUAAAUGAUUUUUGUUGAUGCAGACUUCCUGUACAUCCUGGCAACAUUGAAUUUAAGAAUGUUUGUCAUCUUUAUCGAAUCGUUGGCACUCGCAACUUUUUGGGCCCCAACGGCAGGUUAUUUAGCAGCCGCACUCAUUUUUUUCAAAAUGCAUGGACAAUGAGUCUGCAACCCCUACGAUGCUUUGUUUGGGCGCUUGAGUUCACGGAAUGAUACAGUACAGGACAAACCAAGUAGUUAAGUGCAAUAGUGUACGAAAAGCAAGGCCAAAUUUCCAAGAAAAUGUCGGAACGAAAACCGGGGUGGUUUGACUGUACUUCUUUGCCAGGGGAAUAAAUUGUUCAGCCAAGUUCUGUAGCGAUACACACACGCAGAUGACAAAACGCUUGCAAUUCUCAUUUUGCUUCUGUCUGAUGAUGGACUCAACGAGGGAUUUUCCAAGUCAGAAAAUAUGAUACAGUUGUGACUUCCCCUACUCCCACCAGAAAAACAUAUUUUUUGGAGCGUUCAGUAUUUUUUGGGGCGUUUUAUGCUGUGCUCAUUUCCGCUCGAUGAACCGCAGCUUCCCAGUGCCGGCAGCACUCAUGCAGCCACGUGAUGCUAUCACCAACAUGCUUGACUGUAGGCAAGACACAAUUAUCUUGCUACUCUUGUGUUGCCAGCUAUUAAGACAGUAAUGACUGUGUGGAUAGGGAAUGUAUACAAGCCGUACACGGACCUCUCUAAAUAAGUUUCAUUUCUGUAGUUUGUCCCUUGCUAGCUGCUGAAAUGUAAGGGGUGCACAGUUCUCACUUUUGUGAGAUAUCGUAUUGUACUAGUAUGUUCUCCUGAAGAAAGGUAAACCAGAAAAAGAACACGACAAAAUCAAGUAACAGCCAAGAAAUUUUGUACUUUAAUAUAAUCCGAAAUAAGCUCCAUAAAGCCACAUGGAAACUUUUUUUUUUUUUUCGGUGCAUGUCCUUAACAAUCACAUUCUAUGAGGAGGAAAAGGAACAACAUUAAAAGCCACAACUUUGUUUUUCAGUUACAGACAUUUUUUUUUUCCCAUUGUUUUUUUUUUCUUUUCUUUUCAAAGUAAAGGCAAAGGCAAAGUACCCACAUAACCCCCCUCCCUCCCUCCCCUUAAAAAAAACCUUCGAGCCUUAUUAAAAUCAUGGGCUUCUUCUCAGUAGGACCCACAGUGCUUCAGCAGAAGGACAAGCGCUCAUUGGUUAAGAAGGGUUACACAGCAUGGUGAUGUAAGGGCUUGCUAAAACAUGACACGCAAAUGAGAACAUCGUUAGCGCAAGACACAAAAAGAAGAAUAAGAAGCCGACAUCAAACCCUGAACCCCAAGGACUUGCCCCUCCCACUUUGUGCAUAGAUCAUGAUCCAUUUAAAAACCAGCUGUUGACACGGAGAGAUGAUUGACAACUAACGUUCUGCACAGGCGCGCGCACACAAAGCAAAAAACAAAGCAUACAAAUGCAUUUUCAUGUCAUGGUUUGAAAAUGUAAAGCAAUAUAUGUCUACUUCAGAUUUCACAUGUAAAGCACUUUCUUUUCUCUUUCAAUUCAAAACUGAUUUUCAGUCUUAUUUGGUAAAUAUUUAUGUAAGUUGCUACAAAACAUUUCUUGUUGUCUUUCCAACUCAAAAACAAAAAACACUUAUCAGCGCUUGUUGCUUCAUCGUGAAGAAAUGGAGGAGUUGUGAUGUUGGAACCCUGGCCUUCCUGAGACAAAAAUCCAUGAAUCUUUUACAAGUGUGCAAGAUAGUGACCAAACAUAAUCGCAAACACACACGCACACACACAGAAAGAGAUCAUGUGUCAACAACUUGAAAAAGGACAACAACACUGAUCAAUCCCAGAGUACUGAAAGUAGCAUAAAUCUUCAUUUUGCAAGGUUUUCAUGUCCAUAUUUGAUGGAAGAGGAUAUUUUCACUUUCUUUUAUUAAAUACAACAUUCCUGUCGUAGAUUCCUAUUGGCUCCAAAGUCUGACAAAGGAAAUGCUUGUAAACGACCAGUGGCUUUUGCAGAAGAAAAACACAAACCAUAGGCACCUCUGAAAUGACCCCACCUCCUUUUCCAUUGCUGUUGAAGCUAACAGGGAACACGAGUCCUUCUACACCUAGCUAUGGCCACACGUCUUUGUCUUUAUUUUUAACCUUUUUUUGUUGGUUUUUAUAAUUUUUUUGUUGUUUUUACAUUGGAACAAAAUGGUGCAAUACUCAUUGAUAAUCCUGCAUUGGGAUUAUUCCACAAUAAAAGCCACUAUAAGGUCAAUAAACUUUUUUACAGAUAGAAUGAAAACAAAAAAUCCAUUAAGUCCUUGAGUAAACAUGUACACAUGAAUUGUCACCGUCUCCCCUCCGUACUUUUAUCUUCGAUUAGCUGAGUGAGGGAAACAAGACACUCAGUGCAACAUUAGAAGAUGACUGACACACACACACACACAUACACACACACACACUUCCAAGCACACACACAUUUAGAUGACACUUGCAUUUUUUUUCCCAAAAGAUUUGUAACUUAAUGCAAUACAUUGCCAUCCUCUCAGCGUAGCUGUCAGACGAGAGAAUUACUGACUUCACAUUACUUUAUUGACACUCUUACCAAGGAUGAGUGGGGCCACACUUGAAGAAUAAAGAAUAAAGUUAUAAAUUAUGGGGGAAAAAGUCAGAAUUGAAUGAGAGUUAAUUGGUAAUCUCAAGAGAAUAAAGCCAAUUACGAGAAAGUCAUGGGAAAUCACUUUUUUCAAGAAAAAAAAGGUAAUCUUACAAGAACAAUAGUCACUACCUUAAAAUUAUAAAUCACAAAACUUUUUUUUUUUGUUGUUGUUACACGCACCCCGCCCUCGAAAAUAUACUCGUACACUGACUUGUGAAAAUGUGACGUUUGCUUGUGUUUUCACGGUUUUCACACAUUUGACCAAAAAUACAAUCUUUAUCUUGUAAAGUUGGAUCCAUAUAGAGAGUUGCGACACGUCGAGUCGAAAAAGUACGGUCACGUGACUCGUGGAGCCAUCUUGGGGCCAAAUUUGCGUUUGCCUUUUCUUUACAGUAUUCUUGUUUGUUCCCCAAAAAUGCCGGGUUGUUGUGCAUUUGGAUGCACAAAUAGACAUGCCAAGGGUUUCAAGCUUUACACAUUCCCUUCAGAUGUCAACAGACGGACAAUUUGGGAAAAUAAAAUCAACCGUUUGGGCUGGAAGCCGAAGUCGUCUUCAAAGCUGUGCGAGGUCGGCUCUGUACAUGUUGAAAUUUUUUAUGUCACAAUGUUUUACAAACUUGACAGAGCCACCUGGGGCGAUGUUACUAAGUUUAAGGCAUCUCUUGAUGAGCUUGGCACGUUUUGGAGAGAGUGUGUUUACCUAAAUAUUGUGUUCUACUUAAUUGUUUUGAUAUAAGAAAGUAGCCUAAACGUAAAAUAUACUAUAAAAAAACGAAACAACAAGGCAGUCAUGGAUGUUUAGAGUUAAGAAUGAUCCUUGUGUAAAUCACCUCUGGUUGCAAAUAAAGUCAUCCAUGAUCUUGAGCAAACUUAUAAAAGUGCAUUCAUUUUGACAUCUGUUGACAUUGAAUGCAUCGUGAAAUUCUGCUUUUUAUUCCAUUUACAGUUGAAAUCAAAUGUUGAAGUUAAUGCAACUGUUCCAUAUUCAACAGAAUUCAUAUUUCUUUUUAAUGUGGACUGAAUUUGCUAAUUUAAUAAGCAGUUGGCAAAGCAUUCAUGCAUGAUGUCCAUAACAGUUCAACAAUGUUUUCAUGCAUGUCAAAUUAUACCAUAUUACACAUUGGAAAAUAUAGAUCUAUAAAUAAUUAGAAAACAGACAUUUUGCAUGCGUCCCUUUGUGCAGAGACAUUGCAAUUUAGAUGCAUUGUCGUACUGUGCACGCAAGCCGCGCGCUUGAAUUGGCCCCAACAUGGCGGCGUAAUCUCAGUUGUCCUAACUCUCUAUAUGAAGGGAUCCAGCUAAAGGUACGUUCUCAAAAAAGAUUAGACUUUUCCCAUAUUUGUUUCAAAAAGAGAACGGCCUACUUUAUAUUAGAGGCUAUUUUUAGAUAAUUUUUUUUUAUGUGCAUCUUGCAUGACGCUUUUAAAAUUUCAAAAGAAUUUAUUUUAAUAAAACAACCUGACACGCAUAU